AUGUCGAAACACGCCACUCUAAUAAAGCCACCCAAAUCCCUCCCUCACCAUUCUCCUAUCGAAAAUGUCCUGUCCCUCCUCCCACUCAUCGACAUCGGACCAGAUAUAUACACCAACGCCCGGCCUCUAUGGCACCCUCCUGGGGCUCGUGGUAUCUUUGGUGGUGCCGCCAUUGCCCAAUGUCUCUCCGCUGCUCAAGCGACCAUCCCUCCCGAUUUCACCGUCCACAGCAUGCACUGCUAUUUUGUGCUGGCAGGCAACUCUGAGAUCCCGAUUCUAUACCAUGUGGAGCGCGUCCGCGACGGAAGGAGCUUCAUCACACGCACAGUACAGGCUCGUCAACGCGGCAAAUGCAUAUUUACAACGACUCUUUCCUUCAUGAGAGAGGGGAGCGGCGGGAAAGCGAAAGUCGAGCAUGCGGUUCCUAUGCCCAAGGAUGUAACACCCCCUCCAGACACCGACUCGAGUCGAGCCGCCUGGAAAGCCGGCGAAUCGGGGGACGACAGGCCCUUCGAGUCCGUUCGUUGCCCAGUCAGUUCUCGCGGCUUACCAUCCGAUCGCAAAUUUCGACAUUGGAUUCGUGCUUGUGGUCGUAUCAGCGACUGUCCGCCGAGCGUGGCGGAGGGGGAACUCAAACAAGGCCAGCGUGCUCACCAGCCCGGCGAUAACCAUCAAGCACACCUGUCUGCGAUCGCAUACAUGUCCGACUCGUAUUUCAUUGGCACGGUCGCCCGUGUGCACAAUCUCCAGCGCUUCGCAAAUCGGAGGAACAUCGAGAGAACAUUACGGAAUUUCAGAGGCUCAGAAGAAGAGCGCGGACAAAUGCAGAAAUACCUUGAGGACAUCGCACGGGAGGAAGCCGAAGAAAACAAGCAAUUUGGCGCCACGCCGGAGAAAGACGAUCGACGAAUCGGUAUGAUGGUGUCACUUGAUCAUGCUAUCUUCUUCCACAAUCCCCGAUCGUUCAGGGCCGAUGAGUGGAUGUUGACCGAGAUGGAUAGUCCGUGGGCAGGUGAUGGGAGAGGUCUAGUCACCCAACGGAUUUGGUCCAAGAGUGGUACUCUGAUUGCCACCUGCGUGCAAGAGGGAGCUGUACGACUAGCCCAAAAUGAGAGUAAGCUAUGA